CUGGUUGCCGAGUAUGUUCAGCAAUCUCGUUUUAGUACUGAGAGGAAUGAUACUACGCAGGUCACAACCAUCUGGUGUGUACGGCGGAGAUUCGAAAACUGCUUCUGCAAGACGGAGAUACAUGGGAGGAGCUGUUGAAAUCCUCGCACAAAUAAGUACACGGGAGAUUGUUGCCCGAUCACUGUUCGGCUGCGAUAUUUUUCACUCAGACAUGCACUGUGACCUUAAAGAUACGUCCAGUCGGUUGCGGUGUCUAACUGAACUUGAAGUUCACAUAUUGAGGAUUCUUCUCUGUAGUCCUGCUUGUUAGUUGCCGAUGGUCUCUGGAGGCUGGAAUGGAAAGCGCAAGGCCUGGGAAUCACAGCUUGCCGGUGUCCACUUCCAAGUCGUCAAGAAUCCAACAAUUGUGAAGUUCGUCUCAGUCUUCAGUUCGUUUUAGCCUGAGCGAUUUUUUAAGCAUGCCUCGAGUGAUGCAAUUUCCUAUGAGUAGUAGAUCAAAUACGCCGAACAGCGGAAGUAGUGAUGUUUCAGAGUCCGAAGAGGAAGGAACAAGCGACUACAAGCGCGGCGGGUACCACGUCGUUCGUAUCGGAGAUAUCUUCAAAGCAGGUCGCUACAUUGUGCACCGGAAGCUUGGGUGGGGGCACUUCUCUACCGUUUGGCUGGCUUGGGACAGCUUUGGCAAGAAGUAUGUGGCAUUGAAGGUUCAGAAGAGUGCCCAACACUACACGGAGGCUGCAGUGGAUGAAAUAACUAUACUGAAACAAAUCGCAGAUGGUGACCCUGAGAACUGUAAAGGAGUUGUUAGACUUCUUGAUCAUUUUAAGCACUGCGGACCGAAUGGUCAGCAUGUAUGCAUGGUAUUUGAGCUGUUGGGAGACAAUCUUUUAACUUUGAUCAAGCUAUACAAUUAUCAAGGUCUUCCAUUGGACAUGGUUCGCCAACUAGCCGUUCACAUCUUAGGAGGUCUGGACUUCCUUCACAGACACCUCUCCAUAAUCCAUACUGAUUUGAAACCCGAGAAUGUUCUGCUGUUGUCACCUCUAGAUCCCAUUAAAGUCCCUCAAUUAUCGGAGAAGUUGGAGUACUCAGCCAGUUUUACAGAGAGAAGAGUGUCCUGUGCUCCCCCUGGAACGGAAGAACUUUGCAAAUCCUCCAUCACGGGGCUUUCGAGAAACCAGAAGAAGAAGUUGAAACGAAGAGCAAAGAAAGCUGCUUGCAGUGAGAAGUUAGUCCUUGCAGGAGGAAGGGCAGCCGUUGAUGAUGAAAAUGGUGGAUGUUUAGGCGAUCGUCGCCCCGUGGGUAGCCCAGUUCUGAAAGCCACCGCACGUAGUGAUAAUCUAUGCGCUGGAUCUUCAAAACACGAUGAUCUUUUGACUGAUAUUUCGCGCCCUCUCGAACUGGCUCAAGGGACGAAAGAAAACGCCAGUUUUCUACUCCGAAGCGAGAGAAAACGGUCGGACUUUGCCGACCAAGGUGCAAGAAAGUCUACUGACGUUUCUUUAAAGACUGCCACAUUGCAGCAGCCUGGAGAUUUGCGGCAGCUGGAUUUGAGAUGUAAAAUCGUGGACUUGGGCAACGCAUGCUGGAGUUACAAACAGUUCACUAGUGAUAUUCAAACCCGGCAAUAUCGUUGUCCAGAAGUCCUAUUGGGCUCCAAGUAUACGGAAUCAGCUGACAUGUGGUCAUUUGCAUGCAUAGUUUUUGAACUUGCAACAGGUGAUGUAUUAUUCGAUCCACGCAGCGGCGAUGACUUCGACCGGGACGAGGAUCAUCUCGCUCUCAUGAUGGAGUUGUUAGGUCGUAUGCCUCGCAAGGUUGCUCUAGGGGGAAGAUACUCACGGGAUUAUUUUAACCGGCAUGGUGAACUGAGACACAUUCGGAAGUUGCGAUACUGGCCAUUAGACGGUGUUCUCGUGGAAAAGUAUGACUUUACAAAGCAUGAUGCAGAGGAACUGGCAAUGUUUCUCCGGCCUCUGUUGGACUUCAUUCCUGAAAAACGGCCUACAGCACAACAGUGUCUUCUGCAUUCAUGGCUUCGUGCAGCCCCUACGUAUGCGGAAGCGCGUGUUGUUAGUGACGUUGGAUCCGGUGACACUACAGGUUCCCAGGAGGCAGUGGACAGGGCAGAGGUAGCCAUGAGCAACAUUGCCAUUUUGAGUUCCCAAGAUGAGGAUAACGCCGAUACUCCGACUGCGUGCUCCGAAGUCAAGUUCUGCGUUGAAGCAGGCGAUUAGAGGGUAGCAGUUUCCGUGUUUGCAAGUUUUAUUAUAUUGAGGUCCCCUUGGAAGCAGUAGUGCUGUAGUUGUUGGCGUAGGAUUAUGGAAUGAGUGUUUUCACGUUCUACUAAUUUUUGUGUCGAAGGGUGACCUUUAUGUGGUAGGAAGGCUCGUUUUAGCAACAUGGAUGUUUUUCGCAUGCGGGCACUCAUUUCUACCAAGCGAUACAGCCGGGGACGUGUGUCAUGAAACUCUGUCAGAUGUGGCACAACAAGAAUCUGAAGUUGUAUAUUUCUACCGAAUGGUUUGAGAAUGCGUAGGAAGUUCUUAACUGAACGUUACAAGGUCAGUGUACGUUGGGGCGGUGGGAGUAUGUAUGCCGUCUAUUUCGUGAUUAUGUUCGUGCUGAUAAUGAUAUGAUUGGACACCAAACAAACUUCGAAAUUAGAAUUUUUAUUUUUCUUUCGAUGAGUAACUCGGUUAACACAAAUAUAUAUUUAAUCAAAGAUGGACUAUUGUU